AUGAACGCUAUGAAAAAAAUGUCAGAAAGUAGGCAUUUCUCAUCCUAAUAAUAAGGUAUAAUUCAAUUAUAUAAAGAAGAAAGCAGCCCAUUAAUGAAUUAAUCUACAAAUUAAUCAACUAAAAAAAGAAACAAAAACAAAGAAAAUAUAAAUUUGUUUAAUGAAGUUAAUUCUCUUCUCUAAUAUUAUCAAAAUUCAAAUAUCCUUAAAAGUAUUUCAAUAUAUUUAUAAAAAGAAAAAACAUCAUUGCCUACAUCUAUGGUAUCUCCUAAGAAAAUGAUGGAUGAUAUAUUUUUAAAGCAAGUACUUUAAACUAGAAAAACUAAUAGUAGAAAUAAAGUUAGUGUUUCAUAAAAUGUUGGAUAAAAAGUCUUAAGUUUAUCACCAAUAGAAUAAAAAUAAAAAUCAUUUACAAAAGGAAACUAAUUUAGAUGUGCUUAUCAUGCAAAUAAAAAAGUAUAAAAAGCUGUUAAAAUAGGCAAAAUUUUUUGAAUAUAAUCGUAGUAUUGGAGCUAUUUUUUAUUGUUCAGAAUGUUCUGUUGGAAAAUUGAUUAAAGGAAAUAUUCUUUUUCCUGUUGAAAAUUAUCAAGUUAAACAAGUUUCAAAUAAAAAAAGAGAAAAUCAAUCUGUUAGUCGAGCUAAUUUUUGGUCUGUUGAUGAAAAUUCUCUAUUAUCAAAUUCUCCAUUUUUAUUAGAGUCAACUGAUACAUUCACUAGUAUAACUGAUGAUACUGAAGAUAAAGCAAAAGAAUUAAAAGACUUUUAAAAAUCAUUAUCUUCAUUAUAAUAAGAAUGUUAAUCUAUUAUUGACAAUGCAAAAGGAAAUACAUAUUAAACUCAAUUUAAUACAUUAAACACAGAAUUAUAAUAAUUGCUAUAUAUGAUAAAUAUUUAAUCAAUGAAAUUACUAUAAUAAUUGCAAUCAUAGAAUCAUUUACAAUAAGUCUAUGAAGUUUAAAAUGAAUUAAAUUCUAUUUUAUCUGAUAUUUAAUCAAAUGAAUCUAAUAUACUUAAUAAUAUGUCAAUUAAACCAUUUAAAUAAAUAAUGAAUGUAAUAUAUAUAUAUAUAUUAUAUUAGAAAUAUAAGGAAAAGUUAAAAGGACAUACUUAAACUAUAAAUAAUUGUUCUAGUAGUCAAUAAAUAUUUGAAUUAGAUGAUAGAUUAUAAAAAUUAAAUAAAGUUAAAAAAUUACUAAAAACUAAUUUUAAAAUUGAGACAGAUGAAUAAGAAUUAUUAAGUACAAAGAGAAAACUUAGUAGUAAUGUUUAUAUUUCUUUUGAAAACAAAGAAAUGUUUUUAGCUGCAGCAGCUGCAAAUAAAGCUAAUAGUAUACAUGCAAAAGAUGAACCUGAUUUAGUUCAAAUUGAUGAUAAGUGUCAUUUACUUGAAUCUCCUAAUUUUAUUUAGAAUUGA